CCCGUCCGUUCGGGACGCGUGUACCCUCUCGUCUACUGCUUACGUCUCGCGGCCGGCCUAUAUAAAGCUCCCUCACGUAGCACACAGGCAGGCAGGCAGGCAGGCAGACAAAGAGAGAGACGCACACACGCACCCACCAUUAUCCAGCCGCAGCUCGGCAAACGGCGGGGACCACUGAGCAAGUUCACAUCCGCCCGCUCGCCCAGGGACUUCAUUCAUUCAUUCAUUCGACAGCCACUGAAAAACUGCUUUCUCUGUCUUGUCUUGUCUGUGGUUGACCUUACAAAGGUCCUCCCUCACAUGCGCACACACAACAAAAGGUUCUUCGCUCCCCUCCAGCCCAUGGCCUCGCCUUCCCACGUUUCUGUUGCUGGCCUUAUCUGAAGGCAGAGAGACAGCCAGACAGACGGCAGGGCAAGGCAAGACCGACAGCCAUUCACCACACAGGCAGAGGCAGGCAGCCAGGGAGGGGGACGUGGGGAGUGGGAGACGGGGAGUCGAGGGCAGCAGCAGACAGCAGCAGACACCGGCAUACGACGGACGGACACGCCGUUCAUGUCAUGCACUCGCUCAGUCGUUGGUUGAUGCGAUGCACACGCGGCAAAAGCCAGCUCACAAAGAAAGCACUUCUUGAUUGAUAAAAAAGGGCGGACGGACGGACUUCCGGGAGGCACACGAUAGAUAGAUAAUUAGAGAUAUGGGGGGUUACAUUAAACAGACAGACUCAGACAGACACGGUGGGUGCGGUGCAUACCAUUCAUCUCAUCCAUACAGCCGAGCCGCCACGGAGAGGGGGAGGGGGGGAGAGGAAAAACAUACAGACACCGAGUACCAGCAGCAGCAGCAGCAGCAGGUGAGGGGACACACACACGUCUUCCCAAAUCGAUGAAUAAACAGCAGCGCCCGGGUGUUUUCAUGUGUGUGUGUGUGUGUGUGUGUAUGGCGGCUACAGCCCUCGCUCGCGCGCUAGGCCCUGUACACGCAACACGGUUCGCAAACAGCAGGCAGCCACGGAGAUAGAUAAAGACCCCCUCAGCCAGCCAGCCCCUCAUUGAAUGCAUUGCAAUCACGGACGCGCACAUCUCUCUUUUGGGGACGCAUUGGUCUGUCUGCCUGCAUGCCUACGUACUUACUCUACCAGGUACUUACGUACCCAUUCACAAAGAAGACACUCGUCGUAUAUACAACAGCGCCCGCCCUCCCGCCCUCCAUCCAUCCAUCCAUCCCACCAUCCCACCACCCACCACACACACGCACAGAGAGAGGGGGGGCGGGGGCAGGGGAGGGAGGGGAAGGGGGGCCGCCGCAGAACCCCAAAAGCUCACGACAGGUAAGGAACAGCCAUUGGUCUCUGUCCGCUUGAUCGUUGGUUGCUUCAAUCGUUGUUGCUGCCUCCGAAGAGCAUGAGGAUGAACAGGAAUAUGUUGAUGAUGUCAAUAUACAGCGCCUGACACACACGCACACCCACACCCACACCGCAUUCACUGGUAAGCCUGUCGACCGUGUCCUGUGUGUGCUGUGCUGAGCUGGCUGGAGGGACUGACCAGUGCUGCGAAGACAUAGUCGUCGACGGAGAACUCGAAUGUCCGGUGUUUGCCUCCGACCAGCAGCUGCGUGUCGUAGACGAGGUAGAGCGAGAAGAUGAGGGCCCCCGCGGCGCCGUACACCUUCUGCAGGAUGGGCACGGUAGGGAUGAAGAAGGCCGCUAUUAUGCCAAACAACAGCAGCACUAUCAGCGCCACAAACAGGUAACCUCCUUUGGCUGCAGACACAGACACACACGGACAGAAAGAGAGGUAGAGAGCAUAAGACAGCAUCGUGCCGGGCAGCACGAUGAUGGAUCCGAUCCGAUCCGAUCCUCUUGGUUGUGUUUGUACUUACAGGUGAAGUCGAUCUUGGUUUGUAUGGCGAAUAGCGUGCAUGCGAUGAAGACCCCCGCGGUGAUGCCGACGGCUACGCCCACCGCCGUUAUGUCAUACUGCGUCGUCACCACCUGCACACACAAUGAAUGCCAUGUGUUGCGAGGAAGGGAGGCACGAUUGAUGUAUGUCGUUCUGGUGCCUACUUACGCCAACUAGGAAGCCCUGUGCGGCCGUGAAGAGCAGCAGCAACACAUAGUUGAGCGGGAAGGUUCGCGCAGGGCCGGAGCAGCACGACAGAGCUGAACACACACACACAGAUACAGAUACAGACACAGACACAGACACAAGAGGUGGGUGCAUCACACGGACGGGAUGUGAAAGAAAGAGCUGCUCCGGUCGGUGUGUGCUAUUUUGCGUACCGAUGAGGGUUCCGAAGGUGAGCACGAGUGCCAGGAUGAACAGCCAGCUGUUGUUCGUCAGGAAGGUCUUCGCCCCGGGCGCAUAAAGGAUGGCACAGCCGAUGCCAAAGGUGAUCUGAACACACACGCAACGCAACAAACCAACACAUCAGUUAGCACAGGUUGCCGCUUCCAGUCAGUCUGCCCGUCUGUCUGCCCAUCUUGGUGCCAGCCACGUGUGGUCCUUUCCCUCCCUCCCUCCCUCCCUUCCUCCCUCCCUCUCUCACCAGCAGUUGUAUGCUGAGGACAGUGUAGACCUUGCGGAUGAAGCCGUGCCUGAUCUCAAUCGGCAGGUCGGCGUGCAUCAUGGUCCCGCCGCCAUACGCCGUCCCCCCAUACCCACCGCCGUACGCGCCCACAUCGCCAUAACCGCCACCGCCACCGCCUGCAUAGCCAACAGCCGUGUUGUUGCCCUGAUAGGCUACUCCACCCGCUACCACAGGGCCGUGGACGACGGGUGAGGGGAUGGCACCCAUCGGGUAUGCUCCCUGGCCGUAGUUGGUGCCGUAUGCGGUGGUCUGGACGGGCUGGGAGGAGGUGUUCUGAUAGGGUGGCUGGGUGGAGGUCUGGCCGUAGUUGGCGGCGGGGGGGUGGUUGCCGUAGCUGGGCGGCUGGACGGCAUAUGGCUGUUGCGGUAACCCUUUCUCCGGGUCAUACAUCGUGUGGAAGAGCGCGUUGGUGUCUGUCGUGUCGAGUGGCCGCUUCUUGCUUGGCAGCGUCAGUCACGAACCGCGGAGCGAGAGAACAGAGAUCUAUCGCCCUUGUCUAUCGAGCCUUGAGAUUAUUUGCCCAAGCAACCCACAAAGUUGGAGAGAUCUUGGCACACCCGCUUCGCUCUCUGUUGCUGUCGUGCGACUUUCUCCG